CAUUCUGAGCAUGCAUAGAAGACUUCUCUUCAGGUUUUUUUAGAUCUGAGUUCUGACACACUCAGUCACACACAUAAACACAAGCACUUAGUGUAUAUGCAUGCUCUAGCUUCCAAGAAGUUAGAUUAUGGAAGAAAGGUUCUUAGGAGGUAGUAGUAUUAUUCUUGCAAAGCUUGUGGGUUUUUCUUUCUUUUCUUCUCUUUUUUUGGUAGGAGAUAGUCUUGAACUCUGGUGUUUAAACUUGCAAAAAGGGCUUAGCUUUAGUAUUGAAAAGUUUACCAGUUGGUAGUACCUCUUGAAAAGCUAGCUAGGGAAUUGGCAGAUUAAUCGCGGUGACAAAUAGUUUUUUAAGUUUUAUUACCUGCUCCUUUGAUGAUAGUAAUUGCACUCUGAUACUCAAACAAUGAUGUUCUAACAAUGAAAAACAUAAUAAAACAUUUAAAUAGAAGUGUUCAAUUUGCAGCAUCCUCAAAAGUCAUAGGGCUUGUGAUGUUGCCCGGCCUUAUAAACAGAAACUAUUGGCGUGAGAUUUAACCAAUGAAAUUAACCUGUUGUAGUGCCAUUUUAGUUGAACAAGAAAUCUAAAUGAUUUUCACUAGCACCUGAUCCUUACAAAUGGAUGACGGAGUGCCCGAGAGGUUGUGGUUAUGAUGGUGUGUAACAAGAUGGAAAUUCAGCAAGUUUCUCUGGGCUAGCUGGAUUGAUUUUAUUAGAGAAGAAAGAAGGGAAAGAAGCAAAAAGAAUACAUGGCCUCCCUCAUCCCUGACAGGGUAAAGAGGCUAUGGGAUGAUUGGAAUCUUCGUGCUGCAGUCCUUAUUAGUCUUUUCUUCCAAAUGGUGUUAAUAUCCUUAGCAACAUCGCGGAAACGAACAGGAAACAGAAUAGUGAAUGCCAUAAUAUGGUCUUUUUAUCUGCUUGCCGAUUGGCUUGCUGCUUUUGCUGUUGGACUUAUCUCUAAUGGCCAAAGUAAUGGCAAUCCUGAUAAAUUCAGAGUCAAUGAAGAUCUUGCGGCAUUUUGGGCUCCAUUUUUAUUGUUACAUCUUGGUGGCCCUGAUAACAUCACUGCUUUCUCCCUUGAAGAUAAUGAGUUGUGGAUCCGGCAUCUGCUUGGGCUUGUCAUUCAGCUUGUUGCUGUUGCUUACGUCUUUGCCCAGUCCAUCGAUAAUGUACUCUCAGUUCCAAUAAUACUCUUGUUUUUGGCUGGAGCUAUUAAAUAUGCUGAGCGAACUCGUGCUCUAUAUUUAGGUUGCUUGGGUAAUUUCAAGGCUUCUAUGCUUCCAAUGCCAGAUGCUGGACCAAAUUAUGUUCAGCUUAUGGAGGAGUACUCAUCUAGGAAAGCUGCUGAUGUUCCGGUUAGGAUAAAAAUAGAGAACGAACCUGAGAGAGGCUCUCAGACUUCUGGAAUUCCAGAUUGGACUACUGAAGAAGAAAUAACUCACCUAGAAGUUGUGCAGAAGGGGUAUGAAUUUUUCACCACUUUUAGGGGGCUGAUUGUUGACCAUAUGUUUAGCUUCCAUGAACGUAAUCAAAGCAGAAGCUUCUUCUCCCGAAGAUCUACCCAUGAUGCUUUCAGAGUGAUGGAGGUGGAGCUCAAUUUCAUGUAUGAUUCUCUCUACACUAAGAUGGCUGUGGUACACGGUUACAUAGGUUUUGUUUUCCGUUUCAUCUGCUCUGUACUUAUAGUGCUUUCUUUUGUGGAAUUUGAAUCACAUCGUAGUCCUGAGAUCAACCAUUUUGAUGUUACUGUUACCUACAUUUUGCUUUAUGGUGCUGUUGGCUUGGAUCUUGUGGCUUUGAUUAAGGUCAUUUUCUCUGACUGGACUGUAGUUGUGCUUAAGAAUGGCAGAGUUAAACGAAUUGUAUCUGCGGUCCGUGACAAGCUGUCAUCUGAUCGAAGGUGGUCUAAUACAAUCUCGCAGCAUAACUUGAUCAAUUUUUGCCUGAAUCAGCGGUGGAGAUGGUUAGAUAUUGCAGCUGAAACCGUUGGACUCAAGGCAUUUCUUGAUGAAAUGAAAUACAAAAAGGACUUUGUCAUUCAGGAUAAUUUGAAAGUAUUUAUCUUUGAAGAGCUCAAGGAUAAAGCUCGUAAGGCAGAAACCAAUAAAGAUGCUAAAGAAAUAUACUCGGCAAGAGGUCAACGGGCUCUGUCAGGUUACAUUCGCAGCAGAUCUGACACCAUCUCAUCAAGUGUAGGUGAGGAAGUUGAUUAUGACGAAAGCCUGUUGCUGUGGCAUAUUGCCACUGAGCUUUGCUAUUCCAAAAGUGAUGAUGCUGAAAAUCCCAAUCGUGAAUUUUGCAAGCUUAUAUCUGAUUAUAUGUUGUAUCUCUUGGUUAUGCGGCCUACAAUGAUGUCUGCAGUUGCUGGCAUUGGACAGAUUCGAUUUCAGGACACGUGUGAAGAAGCUAAGAAGUUUUUCAGCAGGUGGAAGACAGAAUCAAGGCCAUCAAUUUCAACAGCCUUGGAUAUCUGCUCGAAAUUGAACAUCUACGUCGCAGCCAAGAAUACACCCCCUGCAACAGAGUCAAGUUCAGCAACUACCCGACAAAGAGAUGCAUGUCAAAAGCUACUUAAUGUAGAUACAGAGGUUAAACCCAUUUAUGUGAAGGGUGACAGAAGCAAAUCAGUGUUGUUUGAUGCCUGUAUGCUCGCAAAGGAAUUGAGAAACUUGGAGUAUGAUCAAAGGUGGGAGAUAAUGAGCAAAGUGUGGGUGGAACUGUUGUCCUAUGCUGCCAGUCACUGCCGACCAAAUGCUCAUGCCCAGGAGCUCAGUAAAGGAGGUGAGCUGAUUACUUUCGUUUGGAUACUGAUGGCUCAUUUCGGAUUAGGAGAACAAUUUCGGAUUGAGGCUGGGCAUGCAAGAGCAAAAUUGAUCGUGGAAAAGUAGGGAUUAUAAUCAAGUAAAGGCCAAAUAAGAAUUUUCUUCUUGACUGUGGAAUCAGAUAGAGUUCUUCAGCCAGGAUUGCUUCCCUGGCUUGGUGAGUGAUUGUUCUUGUGGCAGAAAAUUUUCAUUUCAGCAUGAUAAGUCAAGCUAAUAUUUCCUUAUUCAUCGAAAGCUGUUUUGUAGAUUCAUCUUGUUUGACAUUAUGGCACUAGUGAAACUCAGCAAGUAUGAACAUUUAUGAAGCAUGUAUGCAGAUGCGUUCCAUUGCC